AUGGAGCAGAGUCUCGCCCUCCUGUUUCCCUUCUUCCUGGGGCUCCUCCAACGAGGCCAGGGAUGGGGCUUCAGCGGUUCUGGUCCUACCCCAUGGUCUAAACGGAGAGACGGGCAGAAGAGGGAGCCUGGGGCAGGAGAAAAACCAUCACCUUGUUUUCCAGUCCUGCACAGGCUGACCUCCCCGGAGCCCCCUGUCACGACCUCUGCCAAGGCCACCCCAGAGCUGAGCUCCACCCACAGCUCCGAGAGUCCAGGACCCCCACCAGGGAACAGCUCCACCAGGCCCUGCCACCCUGAGAUCCGCCAGUCACCAGUAGCAGGGGGUCUGGAGCUAUUUUGUGAGGCUGUCUGUGACCCCGGUGUGGCAGUGGGCUGGACCCAGGCCCCCGGGGGUCUGGAAGCCUACCAAAGGUGGGAGGCUGGGGCCCAGGCUUGGCUGAGCGUGCCCUGGGCCAGCUGCAGCCCUGAAGGCUGGUUUCGGUGUCGCCUGGACCCAGGGGGACAGAUGGCCAGCCUGUACCUGGUCCCGGAAAUCUGCUCCCAGACAACACCCCCAGCCCUGUGGAUGGGCAGCUUGGUGCUGGGGCUGCUCUUCUCGGUGUUCCUCACCUAUCGCCUGUGGAAACACUGCAGGCCCACCCAGUGACAACCAAGCCCACCGGCUCCUCUGGGCCCCCUGCCCCACCUGGACGGAUUGAGGGGGACUGGCCUGCCUUUCCUUCCACACAGUUGCAACCAGAGGACAACUGCAGGGUUCUGGACCUACAUGGUUGAGAGCUGACCAUUAGCCCCUUACCCUGAUGGCCAGCAUCUGAGUUUCCCCUCAGUGGAGCCCCUGAGGACCCCCCCCCCCAGCAAUGGUCCAGAGCUGGAGAAUAAAGAGCAUCUGGUCUGACCUCA